AUGAAACAAAUACUCAUAGUCUUUGUUUUGAUUAUAUUUGCAACAGCAUCCAGUGAUCUGCUAAAGUCAUUAUCUAAAUUUGCUGAUAAUGGAGAUUCUUCUUCCAAAUUUGCCAAGAGUACAGUUUCUCCAUUUUCCGAAGAAGAAUCCGAAGAUUACGAUAGCGAAGACACUGAACCCUCAAAGAAAAUGGCACCCAAAUCCUAAUAAGACGACAAUGACGACGAAGUUGAAUGUCAUGGCUUAAUUGAAAAGUUACUAACAGAAACUUUCCACUAGCAAGGAUGUUAAACCCCCUUAACAACAAAAGAAGUAGAAUCUGAAUACGAUGAUGAAGAGGACAGUGGUAACAUGUGGAGUAGAGGGAUAUCAAAAAAAUUAGCUUAAACUGAAUCUAAACCAUUAGUGUUACCAAUACAAUCAGCCAAAGAAUAAAUAAAGAACGAUUACAACCAAUUUACAAGUUUAAAAAUGCCUGAAGUCCAAUAACGACCUCAGGAAACCAAAUCACAAGAUUAAACUCAAAAAGUGUAGGAGGAUCCAGGAAAAGAACAUUCUGCUGAUUUUGAAAAAAUGAAACAAGCCUAAUUAGAGAAAUACAGCAAAAGAUUUCAUCUUGAUGAACCUAAAGAAUCUAAGAGUAUGUAUGAGGAUGAUAGUUUGAAAGAGUUCAUGCCAAAAAUCAAUUUUCAACCUAUCAACAUACAAGAGACCAAGACUUCAUAAUAAGUCCAAUCAAAUCCAGAAAAAAGAUAAGAAAACAAACAUGAUGAAUCAGAAAGUGAAGAUGAUGAAGAAGAGGAUUCUGUAGAAAUCAAUAAAAAGAGUUCAUUACAAAGUAAAAUCAGUAAUAAAGUUACUAUUGACUAAAAACCUAACACAGAUGCAUUUGAUUUCUUCAAUCAAAGUAAACAAUAAUAAAAGUCAAAUAAGAAGAGUUAACGAAUUGAAGAGUCUGAGGAUGAGGAAAGUGAAUCAGCUUAAGAAGUGGAAGACGAUGAAGAUUAUGUGUAAUAGGUGAAGAAAAACAAAAAAUAAAAGGAGGAUAAGGAAGAAUAAAAGAGAAAAUAAAAAUAACUCUAAUAAUAAUAGGAAGAAGAGGAAGAAUAAAGAAGAUUGAUGUUGAAGAAAUAAAAAGAAUAAUAAAUUCAAUAGGAGGAAUUAAGAAAGAAAUAAGAAGAGGAAGAGAGAUAGCAAGAGUUAGCCAAAUAAUAAAAAUUGAAAAGAGAUUCUGAUGAAGAUUAGAUUCCAUAAAAAAAGAAGUCAAAAAAAUAAAAAAAGCAAUUGAGUUUAGAAGAAUUUCAAUAAUCUUUGAAAGUAGAUGAGGAAAAACCUCAAUUGACCUCUUUUGCAUAAAAGGAGGCAAAAGAAAAAGCAAUUUUAGAAUAGAAAACAUUUACAUUAGUAAAGGAGACUCCACAAUAAGUUUAGGAAUAGAAAGUAUUUAAAUUGUAGGCAGUUCCAAAGAAGCAACAAUAACUAAUUCAAGAGGAAGAGUCAGAAGGAGAAUCAGAAAGUGAAGAUGAUAAUAUUGAUACUCCAAAAUCUAUAAAUUGCUUUGAAAGUAAGAACAAAUUUAUAUAAUAAAUCUGCUAAUUAUGUUAGACUAAAGUAGCUUAUUAGGUUAAUUAACAGAAUUGGUAGAAGAUUGGAAUAAAUGACGGUUUCAGGCAAUCCUUUGAGCCGCUGAUCGAGUUCACUUUCAAAAGCAUAGGUGAAGUUGGAUCAUAUUAUUUGAGUUUUAAAGAUCACACAGUUUGUUUAAGUGCUGAAAAUUUAACAAAGAUGACAAAUGUGGAUAAAGUAUUAAAGCACUUCACAGGAAAUUAAUUAGCUGAUUACAAUUCCCCAGUUGAUAUUCCAGCGAAAAGUUAACCCAUUAACUUUUUAUUGAGUGCAGAAUACGAUUCCUUAUUAAAUGGAUUUUCAUGCAGAAGAUUUUAAAUAGCCAUAAAAACAGAUCUGAAAUAUAAAUUGAGUAAGAAAAAUGAUAUUAAUGUUAAGCAAAUAAUAUUUUAUAAAAAUAAGUUAAAAUUAAAAUAUAUUGGUUUGAUUUAAAUAAAUGGUGUUGUCCAUCAAGCCAGUUUCGAUUAGGAAGAAGGAGGAGAAGUCACAAAUUUGAUUGUUACUCAAUUGAAUCUACCCAAAGAACAAGGAGUCAUAGCCAGUUUGGUUGAUAAGUAUGUCGAUAGUAAUUUUGUGGCAGAUAUGCUCCAGAAAUCAGGUAAUUUUUAGUACUUAGAUUUAGAAUAAAUGAUGGCUGAUUUAUAGAUCUAGACACAUAUCAAGAAUGAUGACAUAGGACUCACAUUUAACUUGAGAAAGAGGAAGGGAAAAUGA